UUUAAGCAAUUUUGAUUUUUUCCUCGGUAUGUCAGAGGGCGAGGCUACAGCGUCGCAGAAGAAACAGCAGCCAUUUCAGCAACAGCCCCAACUCGGAGUAGGCUCAAUGGCGAACAUGGCAUGGCAAUAUCCCUCGCCAAACAAUAUUCACAGCAUGUUUCCUUCGUAUUCAGGGCAAUUAUAUGGAGCAGGAUAUCAAGGUGUACCCCAUCAAGGACAAACAUUUAGUUAUUAUCAUGCAAUGAUGCCUGGGUAUGGCCAACCUUUCAAUCAACAGCAGAUGCAGCAGCAGCAGCAACAACAACAGCAGCAGCAGCAGCAACAGCAACAACAACAGCAGAGCAAUAAUCAAGGGAAGCAGCUACAUCAGCAGCCACCAGUCCCUGGAACUCCAAUGUCUUUAGAUGAUGAUGCAGAUCUUCCACCUUUGCCUCCUGGUCCUCCACCUUCUGUGCAGACAUCUCAGCAACAUACCAAUCAAGUCCAACCGUCGAUACAGACUCAUCCAGGGUAUAUGUAUAACUCAUUUCCAUAUGGUACCUGGAAUGGAAUGCACAGUGAUAUGUCCCAAUACAAUAACCAGAUCCGUUUCAAUGUACAAAAUAAAAAGAAUGGCUUAACAUUUUCUCCAUCCGGCAAUAGUGGAGCUGCAAAGAAAAAACGUAAGAGGAAUAAAAAUUUAGCGGCUCAAUUCAACAAUAGCUUUCAGGCAAAUAGUCCGACGACAAAUUUUGUACCCGGUUCGAAUUUGAAGACCGAAUUACCACCCUUACCCCCCGCCCAACGUGAAGUAGCGGCUCCUCCUCCACCAGCUGAAGAAUCCCCUACCCCUACUACACCUGCUAUUACAACUGCUAACACAACUCCUAGUGCUGGUACUCCAGCGGUAGGUACUCCCUCUGUUGUGACAACUCCUAGCCCGGUUGGAGAAUGGCCGGACAGUUUGAAGAAUUACGUAAACCGAUGUUACGAGAAAUGCAAAACGGCCGUCGACAAGGAUCAAGUUGAAAUUAUAUUAAAAGGAAAGAUUACUCGUGCUGCGAACGAUGGCUCGCUUUGGGUGAAGGAUUGGGACCAAGAACCUUUGCCUAGUAUUCACAGUGAACGUAUGACCAUGACGAUAAAGCCUCAAAAGCCAACGUUAAAAUUGAAUAAUUUAGCGAAUCCGCUAUUGAAUACACAGGGAGGCUUGCGCAAGUCAGGUCUCUCUACUUCUCUCGGGGCUCGGCAUGGCGCGCGUCUCUCUGUGAAUCACAAACGGUCGAGGUCGAGGUCGAGGACUAGAUCAAGAUCAAGAUCAAGAUCGAAGUCGAGAUCGAGGUCGAGGUCGAGAUCCAAGUCGAGGUCACGUUCGAAUACACGUAGUCCACCAUCACGAAAAUACAGGCGUAGUACGUCCUCUUCGUCCAACGUUAGUGAUCGGGAACACGAUUAUAAAUCUAUAAAAACGAAAAAAUCCGCUAAAAACAAACAGAGUCACGGCAGCAAGAAAGCAAAGAAGACUAAACAGAUGAAAUCACAUUUCUAUUCAGAAUUUGGUUUAGCUACAGGCAACACGGAGGAAUUAGGAUCCAAGGAGAAAUUACAACAACGCGCUGCAAGAUUUAACGAUAGUAUUUCUAGGACUGUCAGCAACGGUGUUAAAGAUGAUCCUUCCACGGAUUUUGAUUUUACCGGACUUCACAUCGUAGGAAUAUGCAAGGACAUUGAAAAACCUUACUUACGAUUAACAUCUGCUCCAGCUCCCUCCGCUGUUCGACCGGUAAGUGUACUCCAAAAUUCUUUGGCACAUGUCAAGAAGCGAUGGGUGGCUGAACAAGACUAUAGAUAUGCUUGUGAUCAACUUAAAUCCAUUCGUCAAGAUCUUACCGUCCAAGGUAUACGAGAUGCAUUUACAGUCCACGUGUAUGAAACACACGCCCGUGUAGCUUUAGAAAAAGGCGAUCAUGAAGAAUUCAACCAGUGUCAAACACAGUUAAGGAUGCUCUACCAAGAUGUCGGAGGAGAGAAUCGGUGUGAAUUCAUCGCGUACCGGAUAUUGUAUUACAUCUUCACUAAGAAUACUCAAGAUCUAACAACCAUUUUAGCGGCUUUGUCGGAAGAAGACAAGCGUGACGAGUGCAUAAAACAUGCACUUAAAGUACGUUCGGCUUGGUGGCUGGGUAAUUUCCAUGCUUUUUUCAAAUUAUACACUUCUGCUCCGAGGAUGGCAGCCUUCCUGAUGGAUUGGUUUGUUGCCAGAGAACGCAAGAAUGCCUUGAAGUGCAUGAUCAAGUCCUACCGGCAAAAUUUGGCGGUUGAUUUCGUCGUAGCAGAAUUGGCCUUUGAAUCUUUGGACAAGUUUUAUGAAUUUGUCAAUGAGUUUGGGUUGGUUUAUGCUGAUCCAGAACAACAUCUUAUCGACUGCAAGACAAGCAGUGGUUCUGUAGGUGCUUGGUAAAGCAACAGCGCUCUUCUCUCGUGGAAGAUGUCGUUAAAAAACAAACCAAAUGCACUUAUCGUGCACAUUUGUGUAGGCACAUAUUCUUGUGCUGAAUUUAUAUAUGCAUGUGUUUCUCGAUAUAUGCGUAUGUCCCUGUACAUACAUAUGCAUAUGCAUGUGCAUAUAUCAUGCUAUACAUUGACCUGUUACGAUACACAAUUCUUCUUACUGUCCCCUGAUAUCAUUGUUCUUCGUUGUUCGACGAUUAAUCCAGUCGAACAACAGUUUGUAAAUGAGAACUCUCCCCGCGACAAUUUGUAUAUAUACAUAUAUGUCUCGAUCUCAGCCCACCGUUCAUAAUCACAAAACGAAGAUUCUUCUAUGAGGCUGAAAAAAAUUGUACAAAACAAUAGGAUGAUUGUUUUAAUCGUCCAUUACUACCUCAAUAAAAACACACACUCGGUAUGAAGCCGAGGAGAGCUCGUGGUAAAUCACGCGAGAAAAAAAAUGAAAGGGAACGGAAAAGGAAAGGAUACACAAUUUCGUUUGGUCGGAUCUUCGAAUUCUCUUCGAUCACAAACCAAUUCUCUCUCUUCGUUAACCUUACAUGUUUUUGCCGUCUUUUUAAACAAAUAUCCUCAAAGGAUCAGAAAUUUUUUAACUAUUCGUCAGUGCUUUCGCCCUACAAGGAUGCUACUUUCAUUGCCACUUCAAACGGGGUGGAGAAGCUUGAAAAAUUUCCUACAGCGGACCUACAACUUCAUCCACGCCCAACAGAAAAUCCGGUGAUUCUAAUUCCACCAAACGCGACAAAUUGGGAUUGAUUCGAAUAUAGAAGAGAAUAAAUAUCGAACGUUAAAUUAAUGUCAAGGGUUUUCUCAUAAGGUUAAAGGAUAAUUGCGGACAUAAGAAGGGAUGUUGACACGUUGGAUACUCCGUGAAGAAUGAAACGAAAGGAAUCUAGGGAAAUCGACGAGUGUUUAUACUUUGGAGUGUUGAAUACACAACAAAGAGGUCAUCUACUCCGGCGAUGUCAAACGUAACAUGUUCAAGCAUCAAGAAGCACGAACUUUUAAACCAGGACACAUGUAUUGGUAGCAAAUGCCAUUCGCGUGUGAUUAGUGAUUCUUUUUAUCUUUUUAAGUGUUUACCGCGGGACAAUCAAUUUUUUUCUCUUCGUACGUAGUUUGUUUAUCGAUUCUCGAGUGUUGGGGAUUUUGUCUUGAGUUGAGACGAAGUAGUAGUGGAAAGAAGAAAAGACAUUUCAUUGUAUGAUCGUAUUCGGACGUGUUGUGCAUAAUAAAUUAUUUAAUUUUCGG